AAUUUCACGAAUCGCGUCCGCUCGUUCUUUGUUCACCUUUGACUUUUACUUCCUGGCUCUAUGAGUCGAUUGGGGGAAAGAACCGUGGUGAGGUAAAGCACCUUCCGGUUAGCACGGUCCGCUCUUUGACGAGAAUUCUUGAAAAUUCAAAUACACGAGUCAUCGUCAAGGAAAACAGAUAAAUAAUUCAUUCUUAACACUGUUUGGAAAUUUCUUAUAACAUUUAAAACAAAGAGAUCAUAAAUAAUCGUCCAUGAACAUCUACAACGCCUACAAACACUUCGUAAUUGACCAAAGACAGUCUCUUCAACGUCAGGUAACUUAAACUAAUAGCGCAAUUAUUCUCUUUAGACUCUCAUCGAAUUUGGUUCUUCUUAGCGAUUCCACUUUUUUUUUUAGAAAAGGGGUUACUUACUCCUGAGUAAUUUAAUAAGGCGCUUCGAUCGAUCAGCCUGACGAUCCUCUCAUCGAUAUGCAAUUUUCUCGCGAAAUUCAAGCGAUAUCUACACGUGUAAAUAGAUUUAUCACCCGCUAUAUCGACGAGCGGAAAACAGGAGGAGAAGACAAGAGGGUACGCGGGAACGUGGGGUGAGAGAUCCCGACGACAGGACGGAGAACAGUCUUGUUAGUCGUCGGUACACACAAACAUAGUAUAACUCGAUUAUCGGACUACCUGGUAACGCCACGAAUCCAUGGGGAAGCGGGUAGGAAUCUAAAAGAACGGGAAACAGUGGCGGUGUAUGCUGACUACGUUUUACCCCUUUGAUUUGCACGUGCGCAUACACACACACGUAACAUGGACGUUCGGCAAGCUUACACGAGCGAGUCCUAAUACGAAGCGACUGCCGCAAAACCAACAACGCCAUUUCACUCGAACGUUUCGCUCGUAACCGGUAUCUGCUUGUAUGUAACAUUGUUUCUCGGAAUCAUGGGAACUUUCGGCAAAUUUCCGGCUGAAGGGUCAAGCGGUCGCUCAAAUUUCGGAGCACACUUGCACGUCCAUAUGCGCGUUGUCGCCUCAAAGGCGAUAAGCCCUUGGAUGACACGGAAACGAGUCCCACUAAAAUGUUUAACGGCUAAAAUACGCGGCGUCGCUCUAAUUGGAACGAACGCGCGGGCGGAAAACCAUUACGCCCCCGAGGAAAAGCCGCCGCAGCCGCGCUGGAACUGGUUCUAGCUGCAGUUUCGUAAGUUUAGCACACGCUACUUCCUGCUAGACCCAUUAUUGUACCGCGGCGGACACGUAGGUAUCCUCCAGAGUUUGACUUCCGUCUCCGUAGCUGCGAGACUGCUGCCGCAUCUAAAACCGCUUUGCCCCAUUUGUCAAUGCGUCGAAACUCCCGCGGAAAUUAUUCGCAACUAAGUAAUGCUAAGUGCGUGCGCUGGGAAUUAAUGACCUGACCCCACGGGCGAUUUGACGGUAUUCGCUAGCGCAUUCUACGCUGCCGAAUAAACUGCCGAGAGAAAUUUUGCCGCGAUAAAGCUAAGUCGACCGGCGUUGCUCGGCGCAGCUUGCUUACGCUCGAUUAUCGGCCCUUUUGCACGACUGAUCCCGUGACCCCGAGAGGGUCGUACGUGAUGCGGCUUCGCGUACGUGUGCACCCCUUUGAACUUCCUGUCCGGCUAAGGCAGAACGAGCAAAACGACGAGAGGUAGAGGCGUUCUUCCGUUCUCAAGAGAAUCUCAUGCCACGCCACGAGGCGUGCGACGGUUAGUCUGACGCUGUUAGUCCCGCAGGACGGAACUGUCGAUGCCGGCAGCCGCGGGAGUACAUAAAUGAGGAUCGAUCCAUGUGAUUAGGUUCACGAGAGUGCCGUUGAUUGACGUCGUUCACGUAUUAUCGUUCGAUCAUUUUCACGGGUCGCGGAUCGAUCGCGAGCGAUGUGUCGCUCGAGCGCGCCGAUCGGCCGCGCGAUAUUUUGACACGUGGCGUAAUGACGCGUGUGCAUAUGCGCGGCUGUUUACGUGUUUUAAAUAUAUGUAUUCACGGGCACAUGUAUACGCGUAUAUGUAGAGGAUAGACAGAGAGGGAGAGUCGGAAGGUGGGCGACGGGGUAGGCUGAAAUACUUGGCAGAAACGCGCUCGGCAGUCUGGCCGGCGCAUCUGUACCUCUUGAACGGAUGUAUUAAUUAUUGGUGUCGGGUGAAACGUGAUUUGUGCCACCAUAAAUCCACGAUAUACGACAGUCGUGCGCAGUAUCGACGAUUGUUCGUGACGGACAAACGGAGGAUUUUGCGGUGGACCGAAUCGGCAACGAGCCAUGGCUAACACCUCCAGUCUUUCAGAAGAGGAUUUAACGUACGCGGAAGGUGGCCACAACUGGCGGAGCAUAGUUUUCUCACUGCUGGUCAUCGGCUUCGUUAUCGCUGGCAUCGUCACGGCAAUCUAUCUGCUCGGGUACGUCGACGAGCUCCUAUACUGGAGCGGCAGGCGUCUUACGUUGGACGAGUGCCUUCGUGAUGACCUGACACCACACAGGUUACCACCGACCUGGAUAUCCCAUGAAAAGUUCGUCUACCAAGCCGACGACGGUUCCCUCACUCUCCUGGACACCCGCAACAAUAUCGUGUCGCUUUUAGUCUCUAAUCAUACGCUUAGACAACUAAACGUUCAGGGCUACGAGUGCAGCUCCGACUUGCGUUACGUACUGUUCAGGCACAAUGUCAAGCCGGUCUUUCGGAACACAUUCACUGCUCAUUACACCGUCUACGAUGUCACGAACGACCAUCACACACCCCUUCGCUUGCAAGCAUCACGACGCAUGCAUCAGACGCGACUGCAAUACGCGGCCUGGUUGGGCAAUACGUCCGGCCUCCUGAUGAUCUCCGACAACGACAUUUACUUGAGAAUGACGCCUGCUGCGGAGGACGUUCGUUUGACCGAUACUGGCGAGCCUGGAGUGAUCUACAACGGUGUGCCCGAUUGGCUGUAUCAAGAAGAAGUGAUGCCGAGACCACAAGCGACAUGGCCCAGUCCGGACGGAACGCAUAUCCUCUACGCCACGUUCAACGACACUCGCGUGAGCGCGUUGCAAUUCCCUUGGUUCGGUACACAGUUGGGUCAAGAUGGAGGCAGUUCGAGUCCCCUGGGAGCGUCCAGAAGAGGCUCCUUCCCGCCUUCCAGAUCAGUCAGGUAUCCAACGCCGGGCUCGCCUAAUCCAGAAGUGGAAUUGUGGGUCAUGGAUGUUGCAAACGUGAGUCUAGCGAAUUACAGUGGUAUCGGAAACGUCACGUGGCCGAUAAAAACGAAGCUGAAACCGCCCCCCGUUUUGGAUGGACAGGAUUAUUAUCUGAUAUCAGCUGGGUGGGUUGGCGAAGACGCUUCGCAGAUUGCCGUCGUGUGGAUGACGAGGAUGCAGAAUCUAUCACUAGUGUCGGCCUGCCGCGCUCCCGCGUGGGAAUGCGAAGAGACCCACUCGGAGAGGGCACCCGAAGGACUGUGGCUGGACGCACAACCGCAUCCUCUCUUCGCUCCGAACGGCGAUAGCUUCCUGUUGCUCGCCGCGGUGCAGGAAGGCGACAAGGAGCAUUUCACGCAUAUAAAACAUGUUACGCUCACGCAGCAGAGAAUAGCGGUGCUGUCGCAUGGUCGUUACGAGGUAAGCGAGAUCUUAGCGUGGGAUACUAAGGCGCACCUCGUGUACUACUUGGGAACCAGAGAGAAGAGACCUGGUCAGAGGCAUCUUUACGUGGUACGCGAUCCCACCGCGGAAGAUCCUCGUCAUUUCGAGCCAUUGUGCGUCACGUGCGAUCUCGGAGAAGUUCUUUGGAGCAGUAGAUUCUAUUACACGAAUUGCACACAUUUCGGCGCUUCUGUUAGUCCACCUGUCGAUGACAACACGCAGGGUUACUACGUAUUGCACUGCGAGGGUCCUGGCCUUCCUCUCGCUGCUGUGCACAUGAUGUCUUCGCACAAGAUGGUCCGCGUGUUAUACGAUACGAGACUCCAACGCGCGGACAAGCUGUCGGAGCUGGCACUGCCUACCAAACGAAACUUUGAGGUGCCAUUACCUCAAGGCUGGCGAGCGCAGGUGCAGCUGCUGCUGCCUCCCUCGUGGCGGGAGGAGCUCAGGGACGCGGCGUUUCCCGUGCUCGUCGAAGUGAAUGGUCGUCCCGGUAGCGAGACAGUCACGGACAAGUUCCGGAUAGACUGGGGAACGUACAUGUCGAGUCACAACGACGUGGUGUACGUAAGAUUGGACGUACGCGGUGCCCGAGGUCAGGGGAAGAAGGAUCUCUUCAGGAGGAUAGGCGGCGUCGAGGUGCAGGAUCAGCUUACCGUGCUGAGACACCUUCUGAAGACGCACAAGUAUCUCGACGUCACCAGAGUCGGCGUCUGGGGAUGGGGCUACGGUGGCUAUGUGACCGCCAUGGUUCUCGGGAGUCAGGAGAACGUCUUCAAAUGCGGCGUCGCGGUGAACCCGAUUGCCGAUUGGAUGUAUUAUAAUUCCGCGUUCACGGAACGAGUCCUCGGUUCUCCAGCUGAGAACUACAAGGGUUACGUAGAGGCUGAUCUCACGCAGCGGGCGAGAUUGGUACCCAGUCACAGUCUUUACCUUCUUCAUGGUCUAGCUGACCUCACAGCGCCUUACACGCACGGCGUUGCCUUCGCCAAGGCUUUGUCCGAAGCGGGAGUCAUCUUUAGAUAUCAGAGUUACGCGGACGAAGAUCAUGCCCUGACGGGUGUGCUCGAACACGCUUAUCGUUCCAUGGAGGACUUUCUCGCCGAGUGCCUCGCCCUGGAUGCCUCCUAGUGCCUCAAGCCGAAGAAUCCUUUGUUGUCUCUAGUGCGCCUAUUUCCGAUACAUCCAGAACGGACUUUAAUACGGAGACUCGUCCUCGACAUCACGGCAGUUACACUCAUGAAUUGCAGGAUGGUCUCCGGGAAGCUCGUUUAGAGCCUGAGUCGUGAAAUAAAUCAGGCUGCUGGUUGGAAAUGUGGCGGAACGAGAAAAGUGGAAACGGCCGUUUGUCCGAGAAGAAUCGAGGAAAAAGGAGAAAAAAAGAAAAGAGCUGAGACGCCGUUUGACGCGCGUAUGCGAAUUUACGCGGACAGAAGAGAUUGACAGAAUGAGAAUUAACGAAGUCAGAGCAAAGCGGCGUUUGUACGAGCAAUGUCGUUGUUUACCACUCGCUUCGCUCUUUGCUAUGGGGAAGUCGCUUACUUUUCUCUCUGCACACGCAUCUAGUGACGCACAUGUACGUCACGAGGUCACGAGAGAAUUCAGAAAUUACGAAGAAUAGCCGAUGAGAACAAGGAAUGACGUAUUCCUUCUGUCUAGCAGUACUUUUGUAAAUUAUCGAACGCGUCGCCUGCGUUCUUUCGUGCAGAUUUGAUAUAUUGAUACCAACACAAUACGUCAGAUAAUGUGCAUCCUCAUCGAAUAUGAGAGUAUCUCGUUCGCAUAAGCGCGCGCGAUUUGUUCGGUGAUGACGCAUGUCGCAAAAGUACUGAAGGGACAAACGCCGGAGGCGCGUACUUGCCGUGAGAUCGAUUUCGAGCGAAUUUUGAGUAGCUGAGGAGAAAAUGAGGCGCGUGUUCGAACGCGCAGACCGAAUUACUAUACGUGCGGAGCUUAUCGACGGCUUGCAAACUCGCGUCGUCCGUAUAGCGCCAUCGGGACGGCGUCGUGAAAUCGACGUCGAGUGUUUGCAAGCUCGUCAUUAACGUUUUGCUGUGUUCCAAGUCCCAAAAGGCGCUCAUACAGAACGGGCCUGAGAUUUCGUAAAGCGAAUGAACAUGAGAUUACUACGAAUUGAAUCACAUUUCAACGUACAGAGCUUAUCGGGAGUCUGCAAACUCGCGUUUUUCUUUGCGUCUCACUUCGCACACGGCGUUUAUCGAAUUGCACUACACGAGCAACGAGUACCUCGAUAUUGACGAGCAGCGAAAAGCAAUUACUUUUAUUUCGAUUACUUUUACGGCGGAAUCGAGAAACGACGAUCUGAACAUUCGAACUGAAUUACGUUUGUAAUUCGCAAGAAGAGUUUGCAAACUUCCGUCUCACGUUCUUUUUUUUUAGCUACGUCACUGGUGCCUCCUCGAUUUUAUACGAGGAAAAGUAUCUACGCCUAUAUGCGGUGACGUUCGUCCAGAGGCAUCGACAUACUCACCAUUAUAUAUAGCAUCGGAGAUGACUACUGUAAAUUUUGUGUUGUACAGCUUGACACCUAGUUCUAUGUAUCAUAAUGUUAUACGCGUAAGAGAGUUGUUCCACACAGAUCCCUAUGUAUCCCCAUCUCAAUCCACCGCCCUUUUCCUCGUAUCCUACUCAUUUAAAUUUUGAAUAUUUGUACAUAUAUAUACACCCACGAGGAAUGUCCUUUGAAUGAAGCUCCUUCGACGAGGUCCCGCGCCUACGAAAAUCGCGAGCGACUCAAAGAACGUGCGAUAUCAUAGGUCCGUUUCCGAAUCAGAUUGACUGACAAAGUUCACGAAGACAUGCUUGUCGGAGCAUGAGCGAAUUUCAAUCUCGUCGAAGGUGCGAGUAUCAGACUCAUAUAUCCCUUCGAGAUACAUUGAUCGAUUCCGAAUGGAUGAACGACUAUGCUAAACAGACGAUAUAUUAUACUUACAAUCGUCACGAUUAGCUAUUAUCGAUCAGCUGCGAUCGACACUCGACGCUGAGGCUUCCAAGUACUUUUAAGUGGAAUGGUAGAAGACGAGGCAUGACGAGACAUUGUAUGCGUUUAUUGACGCGCAUGAUGAUCGUCUUUGCUGUUCCACUCAUUGUAGAGUGCUCGGAAACUUCAUGAUCGCGAUGUCAUCGAAAAUUAAUAGGACUCGUAAACGUCUCGAAAAUAUCUGUGGCAAAGAGUGUUGAUAUUUUUACGAUAUAUUUCACACGAUAUAUGUAUUACGAAAAUCGGAAUGUCGAACUUUCGGAAAUUAUUAUCCUGCGAUUUGAUAUCACAACUUUUUAUUUGUCUUUAAAAAGUAUAAAUUUGGAAAAUCUUUUUAUGUCUUUUAUAUAUCCAUGAAAUGGAUCUCCUAAAUCAUAGUCACCAUUUGACGCUUACUCUCUUAUUCCUUCAAAAUACUUUAAAAAUAAUUAUAUUUGUGAUAUAAGUCGCGAGCGGAAGUGAUUUUUCAUUAACUUGAUUGCGAUUCUGGAAUAUACUCGUAUACCAGAAACUAGCUCCGUUACAAAGACUUUAUCAAAUCGCAGAUAAUGUUCGAGAUCGUGUCAGUAUAAUUUCUAGUUGUUGUCUGAAAAGAAAUUGCGAGUCCGUGGAUGUUAAUUAGAGAAAAGGCGCGCUCGAACAAGGAAGUGUCGCACGUCGCCAUGUGUACGCUGCAUGACCAGCAGCCCUUAAAUGCCGACAAUCAAGGCUAGUGCAACUAAUCAAACAAUAAUAAAUAGAAACGGAGAGAAAAGAAAACUACUUAAUAAUUUUAAUGAGUACUCGUGAAUGAUCGCUGUGGUACGUGCGUAUUGUAAACCGUGAUGCAAAGCUUGUAUUGCUGGGUUGUCGCGGCCGAGGAGACCUCGCGGGAGCGAUAUUUGCGAGAAUAAAAGUAGACGCGAAAGGAGUCGUUUUUUAGAUCGAGACGAUGUGCCCGCUGUCGACUGUAGAAAGUACAAAGAUAUAACGCGUAAUGGAGGAAAUGGCUUUGACAAAUUAUCUGAUUGUGCUUUUUAACGAAUGCGAGAGAAGUAGAUCUGCUUUUAUUUAUAAAUAUUAUUUUCUUUCAUUCAACAAAAGAUCUUUUUUAAAUAUACUCAAAGUAACGCACAAUAUUACAUGUAAUAAGUAAUUAGAAUUACGUUUAAUGUGAUUUUUCCUCCAUUUCGCGGUAAAUGAAUGAUCGUAUUGUAGCGAAACAAAAUGUUUGUCGUCAACAAUACCGCUUCAAUUUAUCCUCAAAUAAAUAUGACGCGAGUGAUCGAAACGCGAAUUGUACGAUCCAAGAAACGUAGAAUGAUUGAUCGAUUGGCUGAAACCGGAAAAGCGAGAGUGCAGCAGGGUUGAAGGAAGGAAGGGAGGGAGGGAAAAAUACAGGUAGAGUGAUUGAAAACGAGAAAGCGAGAGAAAGCGCGCGUGUGUGUAUGUGUGCAUGUGUAAAUCACAAUCAAUUAUUAAAUAUAAUAAUGGCAGAAAGUGAGGCAAAUUAAAUGUAAGCAUAGGACAUCGGAAAAAAAUUAUCACGAAGGCAGAGGCACGCAACCAGCAUGCGUAUUAUGAAGUUAAUCGCAACAAAGAAACCUUGGUAGCAGCGCAUAAGGGUAUCUAUAGCUUUUGGUAACGUAUUAUCGCCGCUAGGCUAAAAGAAAAAAAACAUAAAAAGCAAAUAAAAAGAUACACUCAUAUGAGCAUAAAUACACACACAUACACCUACGCAUGUACACGCAACAUUAUUAAAAGAAACAAAUAAUUCACGCGGAACUCGAUAUAAGAAUUGGGCCCGUGCGAACGCACAAACAAAUCCAUGAGAAUUAAGUACGUUCGUUGUAUAGGUCGAUCGAUCGUCAAAAUUUGCGUCAAUGCCGAGCAAUUUAAAUAAAAAAUGUAUAUUUGUCGACUUCUCAUAGAAAAGAUAAAUAAUCGAUGUUCUUUCCGUAAAAGUUAAUAACUGUUAAAAUGACUUCACUUGAAUAAUUUACAAAUUUUUAUCUAUAUUUACGCGCAGAUAUCGUAAUUGAUGCAUAAGAAACUACAAUCUUCAAUCAUUUGACGAUCGAUCAUGCCAGCGACACAGAGCAAAUUGGCACGAUAAAUAAUCAUCUUUUUUUCCAACGAUUUGUAGCUUCAAAUGAGUCUGUGCUCGCUCGGAAUCGUGUCCGGCUAUCUCGAAAGAUUGUUUUUUAUAUCUAUUUCAUCGAAUACUCGAUGAUGCAUUCCAUAAGAACCAUGGAUGUCGUUCGGACUGCAUGAUCGAUUCUCGCCUUUGAUUCAUAGCGCGGACCGGAUACUGAAGGUAUUUCUACUCGAUUUUUGGCGAUAUUCGCACGGACCUGCACAGAAAUAUCCACGAAAUCGGCCAAUCAACCGCUCGAACUACCUAUAAUGUUUCAAAAACUACGCAAUAUAUUUACAAGAACUAUAAUUGGAAUUGAUCAGAAUUUUCUUUCAUUUAUUCACUAAAGAAGGAAAUUUCGUCAGAAAAAGAUAAUCAUUUGCUUCCAUCAGUGAUUUAUUAUGAUAUAAAAUAAUAUUUAGAUAUUUAUAAAUUAUUUGCACAACAAUAAGAUUACCAAUAUUAUUCCACAACUUACAUUCUUCCACUUGAUGUCUUUAUAAUUUUAUGUUAUAUAACUAUUUAUCAGAAUUUAUUGGAGAGAAUUUGUUGGAGAAAUUUUCAAAUCUAAUUUAUUGUGAAUCGAUAGAUUGACAAGAAAUUAAGGUCGAUCGAUCUUCGAGAUCGUGUCUAACCUCGUAUAUGGAUUUAACGUGUCGCCGAUUUCGCUGAUAUCGUCCAAGUUAUCUUCCACGUAACAUCCACGAGAUAAUCAUGUUAUUAAGACUCUGCGUUUUUUAAUAUCAGCGAGGCUCGGCCCGGACAUCGGGCGAAUAAAGUGUUUUCAAUAAACUGUUACAUUAUCUGAAA